UCGCAAUCGUGGGACUCCAGCGACGAUGGUGAAACUCCGGAUGGUGAAACUCCGAGGCCAGCCUUCCGCCGAAGUUCGCACACGUGGCCGAAGUUGACGCGAGAAGAGUGGCGUUCAAUCGCGAACCUGGAGAUUUCAUUCACGAUGCCCAUUGAUGAAGAGGGCCACCGCCAUCUGCACCUCGAGCUCCGUCAGCGGAGAGCAAAGCGUGUGUUCCUCCGCAUCGAUGUUCGCGUACGGACGCUCCUGAUGUGGCUCUUGCUGCUGUUGAGCAUCGGCUCGGCCUCAGCGUUGCGGGUGGGUGCUGCAGUGCGCCCGCCUGCGGGCUUCCACAAACCCCACCAGCCAGCGCGCACGAUAUCCUCCGCACCUCGCCACGGCGGACCUGCGCCCGCGCGACUCGAGGCGGCGCAUCUGACCCACCUACUUGAGGCGCUCUCCACGUCGGGUGAAGCUGCAGCGGCGCUUUUCUCGGAGAAGGUGGAGUAUGAGGACAUGGUGGUCGGGAUGCGCGCGGUCGGCAUUCACGACGUCAUCGGCGCUCUGCGUCACCACCCUCACAUUAUCUCCGACUCCCUGCCAAGGAAGCUUCUUGGGGCCGAGCUGCCACGCCUGCGCCUCUCGGUCGAGUCCACCGCCACAGUGGACGGCGAGGCGGUCAUCGAGUGGCAGGCCGAGCUCGGCGGAGUGCCCCUUGCCCUCGGCCGCGGCAUCACCAAGAUGCAGCUCUGCAAUGAGACGGGUAAGGUGUGCCGCGUGGUUGACGUCUCGGAGGCGCCAUGGCGCGCGGCCGGCAAGGCGGCUGUCGGCGCCCUCCGUUGGGCGCAAGAACGCCUCCACUGGUCGCCGGAGCGCGCAAGGGAACAGGUGGACGAAUCCGGGAG